AUGUCCAAAUGCGCUUUAGAUGAGUGCGCAAAUGAAGCGAAAUUUAUUUGUAGCUCAGAAUCCAAUGUUUUAGUAUGCCAUGACCACGUUUGUCGCCAUUUGAAUUGUCCACCUCUUUCGCUGAUUAAUCCAGACUCUAGAUAUCUGGAAAUGAGUACUAUAGAAGAGACUCCAAAAAUCAGUUUUCCCCAACAAAGCCCAGCCUCAAAAACAAAUCUUGUAGGAUUUUUAUGUAAUUACAUACCAAAUGAUGAUAAAAUUGGCCAGGAAACUUACGACGCAGGCUUGGAUUAUCAAAUAAACAUUGAUAAAGAAAAGUUUGUAAAAGCAUAUAAAAGCUGCCAUGGCAAAAGUUUAAUAUUGCUCGUUGUUGUCUUAAUAACUGCAUUAGCUGUGCCUGUAGCCUUAAAUAUAAAAGAAGGACAUGCAAAGUAUUCUAAAAAUAUUUACUACAGAGGUGAAUUCAAGAAUGGUAUCAAAGAUGGGCAAGGAGUCCUUGUUUUUGAUAAUGGGGAUACUUUUGAAGGAAUUUUUAUAAAUGACAAAGCAACUGGGCAAUUUUCUUGUAAUUACGCUGAUGGGAGAGUAUAUAAAGGAGACCUUAAAAAUGGGCUGCAGCAUGGGAAAGGAGUAUUAGUUUUUAAAAAUGGCAGUAAAUAUGAUGGAAGCUUUGAAAAAGGACUGAGAAAAGGGUUUGGAAUAUUUUCGAAUGAAAAUGAUAAAAGCAUAUAUAAAGGCUCGUGACUAGACGAUAAGCCAAACGGCUAUGGAAAUUUGACCUAUACAAAUAAAAGCAGCUAUGAAGGAAAGUUUGUAAAUGGGUUGAAAGAUGGCUUUGGAGUUUUUAUUCACCUAGAAGAGGGGUAUAAAUAUGAAGGCGAAUGGGGAAAUGAUAAGAAAGAUGGCUUUGGGAGAUUUACAUUUAAAAAUCAAGAUGCAUUUGAAGGAUUUUUCAUAAAUGAUGAAAGAUCUCAAAAUGGAACAAUUUUAUAUAAAAGCGGAGAAAAAUAUGAAGGCGAGUGGGAUGGGAAACGGAAUGGUAAAGGAAUUCUUACCUUGGAAAAUGGCGAUUCUUUUACAGGAGAAUUUUAUGAUGACAUAAUGCAUGGGAGAGGAAAAUUUAAUACCUCUAAUGGAGAUUUAUAUGAAGGUAUAUGAAAUUAUGGUAAACUUUACAACAAAGGCAAAUAUUUAUUAGCAGAUAAUGAAACCUAUAUAGGCGAUUUCAAAGACAGCCAAAAACAUGGAAAAGGGAUCUGCUAUUUUUCUAAUGGAGAUAUUUAUGACGGAGAAUGGAAAAAUGAUAAAAUUUACUUCAGCGGAAAAAUGAAUUAUUCAUCAGGAGAUUACUAUGAAGGCGAUUUUAAAGACGGUCUGAAGCAUGGAAAUGGGGAGUUUAAUAAGUCAAAUGGCGAUAAAUAUAUAGGAGAAUGGAAAAAUGACAAAUUUGAAGGAAAAGGGAAAAUAGUAAAAGCUAAUGGUGAAAUUUUAGAAGGUGAUUUUAAAGAUGAGCUGCUUGAUGGAUUUGGAAGCUUUUUUGAUACCCAAGGUGAGAAAUUUGAAGGAUAUUGGGAAAAAGGCAAAAAGAAAGGCACCGGAAAAAUUUUUUACUCAAACGGAACCUCAGUUCUUGCAGAAUUUGUGGAUGAUUUUAUAAAUCUUGCCUCAAUCUGUAAAGAAACUAAUGCUAAUUUGUGUAAACCUUAUUGGAAAGGGAACCUCACAUAUGAUAGUGGAGAUUUCUAUGUAGGCGAGUUUAAAUUUGGCUUAAAAGACGGAUUUGGAAAAUUAUUAUUUUCUAAUGGAGAUAUUUAUGAAGGAGAAUGGAAAGGAAGCAAAAUGCAUAAUAAAGGAAACUUAACCUUGGCAAACAAUGACAAUUAUUUUGGAGAGUUUAAAGAUGGAUUUAAAGACGGAUUUGGAAUCUAUCUAUAUUCUAAUGGAAAUACUUAUAAAGGCUACUGAAAGUCAGAUAAAAGAAAUGGUAAAGGAUUUUCCAAUGAAAAUGGAACAAUUUAUGAAGGAGAUUUUUUUGAUGAUGCUAAGCAUGGAUAUGGAUUUAUUUCUUAUGAAAAUAAUGAAAGUUAUAAGGGAGAAUGGAAAAAUAAUACCAUUCAUGGGCAGGGGAAUUAUAAAUAUUCCAAUGGAGAUGAAUUUACUGGGUGGUUUGUAAAUAGCACGAAAAAUGGGUAUGGAGUCAUGAAUUAUCAUGAUAAUAGACUAUAUGAGGGAUAUUGGGCAAAUGAUAAAAAGAAUGGAAAAGGGAGGUUUAUUACUGGAGAUAGCUGCUGGUACCAGUUUACUGGAAUUAAAACUUUAUAUAAAGACUGCAUCGUUUAUGAAGGUGGAUUUCUUGAUGAUAAAUAUCAUGACAAUGGAGUGUUCACCUAUGCAGACGGCACUUUGAUUUUGGUAGCAUAUGAUAAUGGUGCUCUGAAAGGCUGGAAAUGGUAUGAGCCAAAUUUGGUUAGCCAAGGAUAA